AAAGCGAAACCGACCUUUCCCCCUUCUUCUCCCCUCUCCUACCUCGCCGAGAUCUAGCCCUAGGGUUCGCCAACUUCACCGGCGGCGAGGAGCACGUCACCGGCGGCGAGCACAGGCGGAGGGCGAGGGGAGAGAGAGAGGGAGGAGGACAUGGGGCAGCAGUCGCUGAUCUACGCGUUCGUGGCCCGCGGCACGGUCAUCCUGGCCGAGUACACGGAGUUCACCGGCAACUUCACCACCAUCGCCUCCCAGUGCCUCAUGAAGCUCCCGGCGAGCAACAACAAGUUCACCUACAACUGCGACGGCCACACGUUCAACUACCUCGUGGAGGACGGCUUCACAUACUGUGUCGUAGCUGUUGAAUCAGUAGGGCGGCAGAUUCCCAUUGCAUUCUUGGAUAGAGUUAAGGAUGAUUUCACAAAAAGAUAUGCUGGUGGAAAAGCUGCUACUGCUGCUGCGAACAGCCUCAACCGAGAUUUUGGAUCGAAACUUAAAGAACACAUGCAGUACUGUGUGGAUCAUCCUGAAGAGAUUAGCAAGCUUGCGAAAGUGAAGGCACAAGUUUCAGAAGUCAAAGGAGUUAUGAUGGAAAAUAUUGAGAAGGUUCUUGAUCGUGGAGAGAAAAUUGAACUGCUCGUUGACAAGACCGAGAAUCUGCGUUCACAGGCCCAAGAUUUCAGGCAGGCAGGAACACAGGUAAGGAGAAAGAUGUGGCUGCAAAACAUGAAGAUCAAGCUGAUUGUUCUUGGCAUAAUAAUUGCGCUCAUCCUUAUCAUAAUCCUGUCCGUGUGCCAUGGAUUCAAAUGCAAGUAGGCAUAAAUUGACUCAUUCAACUGCACUUACAGUACUGCUUGCUUGGGGCAAAAAGGGGGGGAAAUUGGAGAGGUGUUUGGUUCUUUCUAGUUUGUGCUCUGGCUGGUUACGGCGCCUGAGUGUUUACGCUGUCGUGUCUGUUGAAUGCUGGUUGGUGACUCGGUCAGUGGGUUGUGGGUUGAAGUGUCGUGUAUUUUUGGAUGCUAUGUGUGUAUAGCUUGGAUUUUAACCUCCUUGUUCUAUUAUUAUUAUUAUAUGAUGAUUAGAUUCACUUAAUUGCC